CACGGCAUAUUUGACGGCAUGGAUGUGCAAAAUAAACCUCUGUAACCCAGAGAAGGCCUUGUGCUCCUGAUUCAACUAGCGGGGAGUAACAAAAGACAUCAGAAGAAGAAGUUGCCCACUGUCUGCAAUGGAUUUCACAUGACAGUAUUCAGAACUUGGAAUACUUGAAUUGAAAAUGAAAAACCCUUUUAAAGCUUUUGAUCUGUGGACCCUAAUGAACCAAAUGAAUAUAAAUACUCGAGGACAAUCGGACUUCACCACCUGCAAAGGGUUUAAAUGCAGGAGAAACUGUUAUUCGUUGUUUUGGACCGGAUAUAGUGUGGGUUGGGGCAGAGAUGCGUAAUGCGCAGAGCAAGCUCCAUCUUCUCUCCAAAUAGGCAGCGUUCAAGACCCGAAAAUGUCUAAAUCGGAGGUGAAGAAGGAGUCCGGGGAGUCCAGUCCGUCGGAGGCCGCGUGUCUCUGCUCUCCUCCGGCGGCCAAGAACCAGUGCGCCAGCUGCGGCAUGGAGAUCCAUGACCGGUACCUGCUGAAGGUCAACAACCUGAAUUGGCACUUGGGCUGUUUGGAGUGCUCAGUGUGCAGAGCGUCUCUGCGCCAACACAGCAGCUGCUACGUUAAAAACAAGGAAAUCUACUGCAAACUGGAUUAUUUCAGUAGGUUCGGCACGAAGUGCGCCCAGUGUGGCCGGCAGGUGUACGCCAGUGACUGGGUGCGCCGGGCUCGGGGCAGCGUCUACCACCUGGCCUGUUUCGCCUGUUUCUCCUGUAAGAGGCAGCUGUCCACCGGGGAGGAGUUCGGCCUGGUGGAGGGCCGGGUGCUGUGCCGCAGCCACUACGACAUCAUGCUGGACAACCUCCGCAGGGCUGCCGAAAACGGCACAGGACUGACUCUGGAAGGAGCACUGCCCUCUGAUCAGGACUGCCAACCAAAACCAGCCAAGAGAGCGCGGACAUCAUUCACUGCUGAGCAACUGCAGGUGAUGCAGACUCAGUUCGCUCAGGACAACAACCCAGACGCUCAAACUUUACAGAAACUGGCAGAAAUGACGGGACUCAGCAGACGAGUCAUACAGGUUUGGUUUCAGAACUGCCGUGCACGACACAAAAAGCAGCCGCCUCAGAGCAGUUUCUCUCAGAGCGCUCCGCUGUCCAGGAUGCCUCCAUCGCUGCCAGAAGAUAUCCACUACUCCACGUUCAGCAGUCCAGACCGACCACAUCUACUCGCCCUGCAAGGAUACCUGGACACUCAUCCCUUCUCCGUCCUCGCUGCUCCAGGCCACUUGACCCAUUCGUCCAUGUCUUUACCACAGCUUCCCAUAAGCCGCUGACCUCCUGCUUCCACUUUUCCACCACUCCGAUGACAUUGGGAUGAAACAAAAAAUCCAUUGGGACAUACUGUUGGUAAUCUGCUCUGUUUGGGAGUCUGAUCCUCGGGCAGCAGGACUUCGACAAUCUGUUUUCAAUCAGUCGGAUUUUUCGUUGUGAGACUGCAGAGCUAAACUUGUCUUUUAAAUACAGCAGAUUCUGGUGAUGGGAGAAAUGUCCCGCCUCCAUGCCAACAUGGGAGUUUUUUUUUGUUUUUUUUUUCUAUGAUGCAGAAAAGAAGACCACUUUUAUUUUAUUUCUCUUUUUGUGACUGGACACAAAACAUUGCAUCAGGUCAGGAUUUUUUUCCUGUGGUUUACCCAACUCAUACAAGGUAUUUUAAUUAUGUUGCUGCAAUAUGAGCUUUCAAAAAAGGAGAAAAAAGGAAAGUUGUAGCAGUAUUACAGUAAAACCUCAGCAUUUGUUUUAUUAUUUUGUGUCUAUUAUUUUUAUUUUGUGAGCACAUUUGCAGCUUUACUGUUGUUUGUUGUUGUAUUGUCAGAAAAUGGAAACUCUUAUUUAUUCAGAACAAAACUUCACUUUUAAAAAGCACUUUUAAAUGUGUCUUGAAAUGAAAUAAUUCAGUGAUUGUACAUUGUAAAUACUGCUAUGGUUUAAUAAAAUGUAUCAGAUCUGUAA